AAAAAAGGGAAAUCAUUACCAACCACCCUCUUUCAUAUUUGGAGGUCCAAAUUAGAAAGUCCUGGAGUGAAAGCCAGCACUCGGCAGCCGUCAGUUGAAGUGGUGACUGUGUGGGAGAGAGGAUGAUGGCUGGUGAGACGAGAGGGAAGCCAAUUCGAUGCAGAGCUGCGGUUUGUUGGAAGGCAGGGGAGCCGCUGGUGAUGGAGGAGGUGAUGGUGGCUCCGCCAUUGGCCGGAGAAGUUCGGAUUCGAAUCAUCUGCACGUCUCUCUGCUACAGCGACAUCACCUUCUGGAAAUUAAAGGACCCUCCGGGAUGCUUUCCGAGAAUACUAGGCCAUGAAGCUGUGGGGGUUGUUGAGAGCGUGGGGGAGAAUGUGAGUGAAGUAACCGAAGGAGAUAUUGUGCUUCCAAUAUUCAUGCCAGAUUGCGGAGAAUGCACAGAUUGCAGAUCGGAGAAGAGCAACCUAUGUUCAAAAUUCCCAUUUAAAGUCUCACCUUGGAUGCCUAGAUAUGAAAGCAGCAGAUUCACAGACCUUAAGGGAGAGGUUCUCUACCAUUUUCUAUUUGUCUCAAGUUUUAGUGAGUACACAGUGGUAGAUAUCGCCAACAUUACAAAAAUUGACCCCAAUAUCCCGCCAAACAGGGCAUGCCUCUUCAGCUGUGGAGUGUCAACAGGGGUUGGUGCUGCAUGGAAAACAGCAAAUGUGGAAAAGGGAUCCACUGUUGCUAUAUUUGGGCUAGGGGCGAUUGGAUUAGCAGUAGCAGAGGGAGCAAGACUAUGUGGCGCUUCUAGAAUUAUUGGUGUGGAUUUGAACCCAGAUAAAUUUGAAAUUGGGAAGAAAUUCGGAGUCACAGACUUUGUCAACUCUGGAAACUGUGGGAAUAAACCAGUGAAACAGGUGAUUAUGGAGAUGACUGAUGGAGGGGCAGACUACUGCUUUGAAUGUGUUGGUGCAGCAUCCUUAGUGCAUGAAGCAUUUGCUUGCUGCCGAAAGGGUUGGGGAAAGACAAUUGUGCUAGGAGUGGACAGGCCGGGUUCGAUGUUGAGCUUUCUUUCUUUUGACAUCCUUCACUCUGGGAAAAGCCUAAUGGGAAGUCUGUAUGGAGGUGUCAAACCCAAAUCUGAUAUUCCGAUUCUUUUAAAACGCUACAUGGACAAGGAAUUGGAUGUGGAUAAGUUUGUCACGCAUGAGAUGAGGUUUGAAGACAUCAACAAAGCAUUUGAUCUACUCAUUCAAGGGAAAAGCCUCCGAUGUGUGCUUUGGAUGGACAAAUGAGUGAGAUCCUCCCACGAAUCUUGCCUCUUCAAUGGCAGCUCUUGUUUUAUGCUGUAUUGGAACUCAUUAUAUACAAACAUUUUAGUCCUUUUGGUAUAGAUGUAUCCAUUAUGAAUCUAUAUGUUGAAGGAUGAACUGCUCUUAUUUUUCUGUGUUCAAAGGA